AUUUCAACUUGCAUCGCGAAGUAUCUCGGGGCGGACCAAAAAGCCUGGUGGGACUCGGAUCGUUGAACAUCAUUGACAUGGUGCAUGAGGGGCCUACUACUAUGGCAGAAUUGAGGGCUUAAUAUGGCGUAUGUACGCAAUAGAAUCUUCCUGAUUCAAAGGUUCUUCAACUUCUGUACCUUCAGCCUGAAUCGACCACGAGUAAUUGCGUUGCAUCAGACCUAUCGCCAACAUCAUUCUGCGAUAAGCUCACAGAAUACUUCCACUUAUGCUUAAUCGAAGCGGCCACUGCAGUUCAAGCCAUUCGCCUUUGUCCUCAACCUCAUCCCUCGAAAUGUCUUUCCCGUACAAGAGCGUUCUCGUGAUCGGAGCGACCGCCGGCAUCGGCCUCGCACUGGCGGAGCGCAUGAUCGAGAACGGCAUUUUCGUUAUCGGCGUCGGCCGCCGGCAGUCCAGACUGGAUGAAUUCAUCUCCAAGCACGGGUCCGACAAAGCAGCCGGCUCGCAAUUCGACAUCACAAACCUCGAUGGCAUCAAGUCCUGGGCCGAGAACAUCGUGGCAACUUACCCAUCCAUCGACGCUGUAGUCCUUAACUCGGGUAUUCAGCGCGCCCUAGAUUUCACGGAUCCGGCCUCUAUCGAUCUGUCCCUCGUACAGCGCGAGCUAACAACAAACUACACAUCCUACAUAUCCCUCAUCACCCACCUCCUCCCACAGCUGAGAUCGCAAGCUCCCAAACCCACCGCUCUACUGGCCAUAACCUCCGGCCUAGCCCUCAUCCCCAUCCCACGCGUCCCCAACUACUGCGCCACCAAAUCAGCACUGCACUCACUGUGCUGGUCCCUACGCACGCAGUUGUACAACCACGAGGGCAGUAAACAUAUCCGUGUAAUCGAGAUCGCGCCGCCUGCCGUGCAGACGGAGCUGCAUACGCAGCAGGGGUUGGAUCAGUUCGGAAUGCCGCUCGAAAAGUUCACCGACGAGGUUUGGGAGAGGUUGAAUAAGGGGGAUGUCGAGAUCGUGGUUGGGCGUAAUCGGGCGCAGUGGGAGAGUGUCGAGGGGGCGAGGAGGAAGAUUUAUGACGACGUUUUACCGGCGUUCGGAUUUAAGCCUGCUUCGCUGUGAGAUAGUGUGUCGAUUUGGGGUUUCUGUUCGUAGGCGUGCGGAAUCAAGUGUGUUUGGAUAGCUGCUGGCCUGCUCGUGUUGAUGCUUGUUGCCAACUACGCGAGCUUACGAUCGAGUACGGCAGGUGAGUGUCGAAGUAGAUGACAGCUGAGAAUAGAUUGGCAGGUGCCACGAGCCGUCGCUGGGCUGGAGCGGGCCUAGCCUGCCUCCACGGCAACUUCCUUGGGCUAUAAGAUUGCACCCGAGGCCUUCAAGCUUUCUAUCAACAGCAGGGCAGUAUAAUAGCCAACCUGCCUCGGUCUAUAAGUGUCAACAUUGGAAUAGCAUGAAUAAAUGCGCCAAGACCGAGCGUAAACAGACCAGGUACAAUACCUAAGGUCUUGGCCAAAGUUCAGAACUUAGAACAUAACGCGUUCCGAG